AGCUAUGGUGAUCAUAAUCAUCUAGACUUUGAGCUUUCUGAUUAUCUUGCAAUGGCAGAUCAGCUAGAUGAAACGUUCUGGUCGUCCGACUUCACCGCUUGUCUUUCACCAACUCCGAUCUUGCAUGAAACGACUCAUGCUAAUGGAAGCUGCUCAGUGAAUUCCAUGGAUGGCAUGCAAACAAACAAUUACAUGAAAUGUAGAAGUGGCUUGAAGAGACAGAAAAAGGAUAUGGGACAUAGGAUUGCUUUUCGAACAAUGACUGAGCUUGAGAUUAUGGAUGAUGGUUACAAGUGGAGGAAGUAUGGGAAGAAGAGGGUUAAGAGUAGCCCCAAUCCGAGGAAUUACUACAAGUGUGUGACUGGAGGGUGCAUGGUGAAGAAGAGAGUAGAAAGGGACAAAGAAGACUCGAGGUAUGUGAUUACAACCUACGAAGGAGUGCACAACCAUGAAAGCCCCUCUGCAAUUUAUUGCAAUGAAAUGCUGCUUCCCAGGGGAUGGCGUAUGCAAGCUUCACAUUGUUCUUCAUGA